GGCACUCCUAACAUUCUUCGUUGAGAGUGUCACUGGAUCAAGUGCAGAAUGGAGCUCCCUACUAGGUUAGCUUGGGACAGAGCCUCUUACAAAAAGGCAGUCACCAAGGGCGUCGGAUUUAGAAAUUCACAACAGAGCAGCCAUGACGUUACCGAAAGCAGAGCAGGUUUUGAACGGAUGAGUAAGUCUACAGACAGCAGCUCGACUUCAGAUGGUUUCUCUCAAUGUAACAGCAACCACGUGCAGAUCACUAGUGACGUAUUGACUGCAGGUAGCUGUGGUGACAAUCAGUUGAAGCGUGUGGGCAGUGUGGAAAUUUCCACAUGUACAAGACGCCAGUUUGACAGGAGGUCACUCUUGCUUGGCGGAAGGAUGUACCUUCUGUUCCAUAUCAUUCCGGUGGUUUCUGCUUCUGUUUUGUUCUGGAUAGAGUUGGAUAUUCCGCCAAGUCAAUACAGAAACGGAACAAACGCUUCUUCCAAGAACUAUGAAUAUACAAUAGAUGAUAACUUGAUUAAUUCUUCAAAGGCUUCUCGAUUUUGUCAUCCUGAAUUGGUGAUGGAUAGGAAGGGAAAGUGUAUUCUGCCAUGCAACAAUUUUUCGUGGCUUCCAUCGCUUGAAAGACAAUUUAAUCUCAGGUUCAUUUAUUUUGCGUCAGUUACGUUUCUUGUAUUUGCUAUUGCAGCAACGAUAGUGUGGAUCAAGCUUCGUCGUGCCUUAUGGACAUUUCCUCACAUUAUGCCAUUGUAUAUUGUUCUGACUGGCUCACUGCUAAGCAUCUUUGCAAUUUGCUUUCUUGCUGUUGACCUGGAAUCAAGCUAUUGCAAUGAAAUGGACUUACUUCUGUUCGUAGACAAUCCGUCUUUACUUUGUAUUUUUGCUGGAGCUGUGACUACGUACCUUCACUUGGCAGCGUUUUUUUGGUGGACAUGUUUCAUCUUUAACAUUUGUUGGGUGAUCAGUAAUCCAUUGAGAGCUCAAAAUUUUUUUCUUUCAGCAGGCAAGAUUCAUGCGAUUCAGUUGCUGAUAUGUUGGGUGGUACCAGCCUGUCUUGUGGUAUUACCACUAGCUUUGUAUAGAAAUUACAGCGCUGUAGAUUAUGGAUUUGGUACCAUUUUAUGUGGAACAAGUUCAAAGUGGGUUGCUUACGUCACCACUGUGAUACCUAUUCAGAUAAGCACUUUGAUAAUUAUUGUCGUUAUGAUGAAAGCUGGAAAUUAUUUGUAUAAAGCACAAACAUUUAGAGAAGAGAUGGUUUGCAAUUACCGGUCUAGUUUUAGAGAUACACAUGCAGGAAGUUCGGCAGUGGCAUUGGAUCGUCGUGUGCAAGAAAUUCAACAGCUGCGAAUAAAAUUUUCUUUUGUGGCUCACAUCUAUCCUCUUUCUGUGUCUGCCGUGUUGGUUAAUAUUGGUCUCAAAUCAAUGUAUGCAAACACAAUCCUUUAUUAUGUUGAAGAGUAUUACACAUGUUUGGUGUCGUCCUCAUUUCAUGCUGAACAAUGUUCCAAACAAUAUCUUGACUACCAAUAUCCUGCAUUUUCAAUUAUUGCAUUACUACUGGGAAAAGCAGUGAUCAUUCUAAUUAUGAUUUUUCUGUUCUCCCAACGGGUACCUCGUACUGGAUUAUGGGACAUUACCAUAGGACUGAUCAAACGUGUUUGUUGCAAAGGAACUUCAUGAGACAUGCAACAGCAUGCCAAUGGCAGAUCUGAUAUUUUAAAAUGGUUUUGAAAGUAGCAGCAUCAGAAGCACCACCACCACCAUCACAACCACUACCACCACCACCACCACCACCACCACCAAGCACCAACACCACUACCAGCAGCAUCAGCACCAUGAGCAGCAUUACCAGCAGGAGACGAUAUAUUGUAGAAAGACUUGUCAGUUUAUUAAUAAUAUAUGGUCCUAGUAUUUAAUUAAUAUAUUAAUUGUUGUAAAUCUGUACUGCAAAAUGAGGCAUAAUUUUUAAUUUGCUGAUGAUGACAAUCGAGUAACCUUUUGUAUAAUAAUUCUGGUUUGCCUUCAUAAAUUAAAAUAAUCUAUGUAAAUGUCCAUCAUUAAUAAUUUCAUUCUGAUAA